AUGUUUUUUGAGUUGGACGACAUCAGAAGACGACAUUCCUUGUAUUUUGAUUGUUAUAAUGCUGGUGUAUGGACAGACGCUCCAGAAAAUUCAUUGAGAUGGAAUUACACCAGAGGAGCAAUAUCAGGAUUACUAGGUAGUCUUAUUGGCGAAACAUGGCAUAACUUCUAUGAGAAUUGGAAACUAUUGUUACGAUAGUAUGAAUAACCAAAUACUGUGAAGGAAUUGUAUAAUUUUAGCAAAGCAACAGUCAAUCUUGAGAAUUUCAAAAGAUCAAUGGGCACUAGAAUGCAAUUUGCUUUUGCUUCAGGCGGUAUAGAUUGGGCUUUGAGAUUGGCAGCAUUUAGAGCAGUCAAUCAUGGAUGGCAAAGAACUUGGGGUACAUUCGAAUAUGGAUUCUUGAGAAAAGUACCAGGCACUGUGUUCAUUUCUCUUCUUACUGCUCCAAUUGGAAUUCCCUUUGAAGUUGCUAGAAUGGCUUAUUAUGCUGAUAAGACAUUCCCCAAGGAAUUGUAAAAGGGAUAUACCUCAUUUUUCAAUGCUUUAUGGAGAAUUCCAUUUGAAGAGGGACCAUACUAUUUCUUCAAAAAUUCAUUCCCUCUAUUUGCUAGAAACUUCUUCUAAACAUUAACACUAUUUUACUCUUUCGAUUGGAUGAAGGAUAAGCUUUCUGUUUUGACAAGAGUAGCUGAAAUUCCAUAUUUCCCAGUUAAAAUUGUAAAUUGUUUCUUAUCUACAUACUUGGCCAUCUUGACAAGUUACUCCCUCUCUCAAGUUACAAGAGAAAUGGUAGACCUAUGGCCAAAACAAAAUGGAGUAUGUCCUUAUGAUGGCAAUUACAGAAAGGCUGCUACUCAUAUUUGGUAUGCCAGAAAUCUCAAUAAUUACUUCCCAGGAAUGUUAAGAAAUUACGCUAGCAGAUAAUUCUUACCAAUGUUUGUGACUCUAUGGUGGGCUGACUCUUUUGGAUUGUUUACCUAUUGGAAAAUCGACAUGUUCAGUGGUGCAGGCUCAAAUACAUGGGAGGAUUCAUUUUGCUGAAAUAUUAAUCAAUAAUACAAAGAAUUAUACAAUAACAUUUAUUCAUUUUAUA